AUGAGUGGACCUCGUAAAAGCGCUACUCCCAAAAGGGUUAUCCACUUUGCUGAUGGAGACACCAUGGAAGAAUACAGCACAGAAGAAGAGGAGGAAAAAGAGGACCAGAACUCAGCAUAUGACCCUUCUAAACUUUCAUGGAGAUCAUACUUCUGGUUUUGGGCAGGUCAAGUAGCAAGCAAUUCAAUUUCUACUUGUGAAUUCCUUGGUGAAAGAUUUGCCGUCUUCUUUGGUCUUUCCGAACCCAAAUAUCAGUAUGUGCUAAAUGAGUAUCGCAGAACACAAGAUAAGGAAGUUGACAAGGAGACUGAAGGGAAUGGACCAGAGGCCCAGGAUGCCAAGAUUCCUAAUGAAAAGUGUCACCUGGGAGCUGGUGGCCAAGAGUAUGGGGCCAUUUCUUCCAGAGGAGGCCUGCUGGCAGAUUCCAGCUCAUGA